GCUGUGCCUCUCAGCCUGUUUUAUGUGUGAGCACGGCCCAGUUGAGAACAGUAGAAGCCACCUCGUCCCCUAGUGAAACCCAACACUCCCCACACUCGUAGUUCCCUCCCUCUCCCUCUGUCCACCAUACACAAGGUUGCUGAGAGAGCUCACCUAACCUUACUUUUUUAACAACACUACACUGGAUUGUCACCCUGGAUUAUACAACAGCCUCAUACUGAGCUGCGGUCCCUGCAGAGGAGAUAUUUUGGAUUAUUGUCACCUGGUAAUGAUGCUGAGCUGGUGCUGAUUCAGGGCGUGAGUGCUGGAGGCAGAGAGAGACACUGACGACUCCCAACACUGGUGAAGUGACAGAGCAGACUGGACAGCUUGAUGGUUGCAGUAAAUUAAACAAAAACAGACGCAGACCGAGGCCCAAAUGGAACUACGACUGGGAUUUCGAAUCACCCUGGUCUUGGUCAUCCUGGCCUUGACUCUGACUGGCGAGAGGGUGGAAGCACAGAGAGCAGGGUGCAAAAAUGUCCACUAUGACUUGGCCUUUAUCCUGGAUACAUCAUCAAGUGUUGGAAAAGAGAACUUUGAGAAGAUCAGACAAUGGGUGGCAAACCUGGUGGACUCCUUUGAUGUGGCAGUGGACAAGACGAGAGUAGCUGUGGUUCGGUACAGCGACAGACCCACCAUUGAAUUCAACCUGGGGAGACACAGGACCCUGGAGGAUGUAAAGAGAGCUGCCCGUAACAUCCGCUACCUGGGGGGGAAUACAAUGACCGGAGAUGCGAUCAGCUACACCACCACCAACAUCUUCACCGAGCGGAACGGAGCGAGGCCUGCUGCCAGAGGCAUUCAGAAGGUGGCCAUCCUCCUCACAGAUGGCCGAAGCCAGGAUUAUGUUUUGGAGCCCUCUAAGGCAGCUGCCAAAGCUGGCAUCAGAAUGUUUGCUGUGGGCAUUGGGGAGGCGCUGAAGGAGGAGCUGGAGGAAAUCGCCGCUGAGCCAAAAAACGCCCACGUCUUCCAUGUGACAGACUUUAAUGCCAUUGACAAGAUCAGGGGCCGGCUGAGGAGGAGGCUGUGCGAGAAUGUCCUGUGUCCAAACAUGAAGGUUCAGCCUGAUCGCUUUAAGCCCAACAGCAGCAGUUAUGGUCUUGAAGAGGUUCCAGGGUUUGACCUGAUGGAGUACUUCAAUGUGAGAGAUAUUCUGGGAACCAGAGUCGAUGAGGGCCAAAGUUCUUAUGUCCGCCUCGGCACCAUGCCCAUUGUACAGCAAACAGAGGAUGUGUUUCCUCAGGGGCUGCCAGAUGAAUAUGCCUUUGUGACGACGUUCAAAUUCAGGAAAACCUCACGGCGUGAAGACUGGUACCUCUGGCAGGUUUUUGACAAAUAUGGAAUCCCACAGGUGUCCAUCCGUCUGGACGGCGAGAACAAGGCGGUGGAGUACAACGCCGUCGGCCUGACAAAAGACGCCGUCAGAGCCGUGUUCAAAAACCCCGAAGUCGACAACCUGUUCGAUCGCAACUGGCACAAGAUUGCUCUCAGUGUGGAGGCCAAGUCUGUGUCUCUGUACCUGGACUGCAAGCUCAUCCAGACUCUGCCCAUCGAAGAUAGGGAGGACAUUGACAUCCAGGGGAAGACGGUGAUCGGAAAGCGGCUUUAUGACAGCGUGCCGAUUGAUUUUGACCUCCAAAGGAUGAUGAUUUACUGUGACUCCAAGCACGCAGAGCUGGAAACCUGCUGUGAUCUACCCCAUGGACCUUGCCCUAAGAAAGUGGUGACAGAGGCUCCCCCCGUCGAGAUCCCCACCCCAACACCGACUGUCGUGGAACAACAAAGAGGCCCUCAAGUCAACUGCUCCUGCCCUGCGGGAGGGAAGGGAGACAUCGGUGCACCUGGCGUUGCAGGUCCCAAGGGUGAAAAGGGUGACACUGGCUCUGUCGGCGCCAUAGGACCGUCGGGCAUCAAAGGAGAAAAAGGAGAAACUGGCAGAGUCAUUUCUGUCAAAGGCGACAGAGGUGAGAAGGGUGAUUCAGGCAGAAUAGGGUUGACAGGUCCUCCUGGACAAAAAGGAGAGAAGGGACUCGGUGGCGUGCCUGGAAUUGAUGGCUUACCUGGAGACAAAGGAGACGACGGUGAAGCGGGACUGCCAGGUGAUCCAGGGCUGCCGGGUCAAGCUGGACAAAAGGGAAUUCAAGGGGACGCGGGAGUUCCUGGCGUUCCUGGACUCAGAGGUGUCACUGGUCAAACUGGAGGUAAAGGUGAUAAAGGAACUCCAGGAGCUGCGGGCCUGGCUGGUAUCGAUGGAUUCACUGGAAAACCUGGUGUUCCCGGGAAAGAUGGUUUAAGAGGACUGGCUGGUGCACCUGGCCCCAGUGGAAUUAAAGGCGACAAGGGGGAGAGAGGCCUGCCUGGAUUACCUGGGGAUGUGGUUCAUAAAGAAGGCUUGCGGGGAGAAAAGGGAGUGGUCGGACCUGCUGGGCCUCCAGGGGCCGAUGGGCCUCCAGGGCCUCCGGGUCCUCCUGGUAUGCAGGGCCUACCCGGGGAGCCCGGAGAGUUUGGUCAAAGGGGAAAGAAGGGUGAAAAUGGAUUGCCUGGAGUGGAUGGACUUCCUGGACCUCCAGGCCCUCAGGGUCCACCGGGCACCCCAGGAAACCAAGGUCACCCUGGACCUCCUGGUCUACCUGGUGAAAUUGGAUUUUCGGGCAAACCUGGAGAGUCUGGAAAGCCGGGUCUUCCUGGUAAAGACGGUCUGGACGGUCUGCCUGGAAAUGAUGGCGCCACGGGGGCCAGGGGAGAGCGUGGAGCAGACGGUUUUCCUGGCAAGUCUGGACCUAAGGGUGACGACGGGCCUCCGGGACCAAGAGGACCUCCAGGGGAGAGAGGAGAAGCUGGGUCUCCGGGACAACCAGGUUCUGAUGGAACAAGAGGAGACAGGGGAGUUCCUGGGGAGAGAGGAGUGGAUGGACCAAGUGGGCCCAAAGGUGAUAAGGGAGACAAGGGUGACGUUGGAUCGAGGGGACCGCCGGGCAUUCCAGGAAACGUGGCAAACGUCAUCCCCGAGCCUGGUGAACCCGGAACACCUGGAGAGAAGGGAGAGAAAGGAGAUCAAGGGAAACAAGGAGACAUUGGUCAAAGAGGAUUACCUGGUGAACAAGGCUUCAAGGGACCGCCUGGACUGCCAGGUCCAAAAGGUGACACCGGAGCUCCGGGAGAGACGGGACGUGUUGGAGACCCUGGUCCACCUGGCAUCGCUGGCCCUCAAGGUCUCCGUGGACUACCAGGGAGUGUGGGCAUACCUGGGAUCAUCGGGCCUCCCGGUCCAGCUGGACAAAGAGGAGACAAGGGUGAAGUGGGUAAACCAGGAUCACAAGGUCCCUCAGGCACACCUGGAGAUCCCGGUUUGACUGGACCCCCUGGACCACCAGGGAAGGGCAAAGACGGGCAACAGGGAGAUCAUGGACCACAGGGAAUUCAAGGACCUCCAGGGCUAAAGGGUCAACCAGGACCACGAGGUGAACCAGGAGUACCAGGUGAAAAAGGUUCACCAGGAGAAGGCAAAUCGGGACCACCGGGACAACCAGGAAAAAAUGGGGACUCUGGACCUGUGGGCUUGAGGGGUCCACCAGGAGUCGCUGGUCCUAUGGGCCCAGCAGGACAUAAUGGUUUACCAGGAAGGCCAGGAGAGAAGGGGUCUGCGGGAGAGCCUGGAAAGGCAGCAGACCUUUCUGACCUGAAUUUGAAGGACGUUUGUUCAGAUUGUCCUGCAGGACCACCCGGGCCACCUGGUCUCCCAGGAGUCCCAGGAGAUAAAGGACACCAGGGACCUCCAGGAAAAAGUGGUGAAGAUGGUUACCAGGGCCCACCAGGGCCAGCGGGGCCCCCGGGAGUCUCUGGAGCCGAUGGAGGAAAGGGUAUGAAAGGUGAUCGUGGACCUGCUGGGAGCCCUGGAGACAAAGGAGAAAAGGGUCACCCCGGACCUCCUGGUCAUCCAGGUCCGUCUGGUUUAAUGGGCACAGCGGGUAACGACGGACAGCCCGGCUCUGUCGGGCCUCCUGGUCCCCCUGGAGAAAAGGGCAAAGAGGGUCUCAAAGGAAUCCAGGGACCACCAGGGCUUCCAGGAUUAAUAGGUCAGUCUGGAAAAAUGGGGAAGGAUGGGAGACCAGGUGAACCAGGAGAACCCGGCAAGCAAGGUGAACCUGGGCCACCUGGAAACUCUGGCCUCAGGGGCCUCCCAGGCUUUAAAGGCCACAGAGGAGAACCUGGAGGUCUCGGACCUAAGGGAGAAGAUGGAAAACCUGGAGCACCUGGCCGAGACGGCAAACCUGGAAAGGAGGGUUCAAGGGGAUCAACAGGUCCAGAAGGAAUUGCUGGGCCAAGAGGAGAGUCGGGCAAACCGGGUGAACCAGGACCAUCAGGAAAAUCAGGUCUCCCUGGAACUCCAGGCAUGAGAGGAGACAAGGGAGAGCCUGGCAACCCAGGAUUACCAGGAUUUAGUGGGCCUAAAGGCCCUGCGGGUCCAGCUGGUCCUGUUGGCCCUGAGGGAAAGCAGGGGAUGCCCGGCAGAGCUGGUGAUCGUGGCUUCAAAGGAGAUAAGGGUGACACAGGUGUGAAGGGAGACAAAGGACAUUCGGGAGAACCAGGCAUGCCUGGAAACCCUGGACCUCCAGGCAGGAAGGGCCACACAGGAAUGAUGGGAAUGUCUGGUCCACCAGGAGAGGUGGGGCCUUCUGGGCCCCAAGGAUCUUCAGGAAACCCUGGUCUCCCAGGCCCAAGGGGAGAGUCUGUAUCACUGGAGCAGAUGAGACGCCUCGUACAGGAGGAGCUGGCAAAACAAUUAGACGCCAAAUUGGCUUACCUCAUAGCUCAGAUGCAGCCAGCCCAUGUGAAGAGCACAGCCGGCCGCCCGGGACCUCCAGGUUCUCCAGGUAAGGAAGGCAAUGCCGGGAGACCUGGCCCACCUGGCGAGCCUGGCAUGCCUGGGCAGAAUGGAGGAGAAGGACCCAGAGGACCCAUGGGCCCUAAAGGUGAUAAGGGAUCAAGAGGAGAGAAGGGAGAACCUGGUAUCGGUGAAAGAGGAGAACAAGGUGUCACUGGUCCAAUAGGUCCCGCUGGCCUGCCUGGCUAUGGCAAAGACGGAAGCCCAGGGCAAGCCGGGGCUCAGGGAGAGCCUGGAAACCCUGGACCCCACGGUCAGCCAGGCCCUGCCGGUCCCCCCGGGCAAUGUGACCCCACACAGUGCGCCUACUAUGCCAGCCUGGCACAGAGACCCCACACCAAAAACGUCAAGGGGACUUAAGAUGGAGAGGAGGCACAGAGGGAGUACGAAGUCCAGCUGUAUUUAUGAACUCGGUUGUGUCCGUCUCCAUCAAGAACUUUUGCCUUUUCAAGAUAACCUCAGUACGGAGAGCUGAAGCGAUUUGUGCUGCCGGUCAGAUUCUUUAUGUGUUGUUUGUUUGUUGGUUUGAUGCUUGGGAUGGACAGGGAUUGAGCAUCAGGGGACUUUUUUUUUUUUUUAGAAAAUAAAUAUGGGGUAAAGAGGGCAGCUAAACUUUUUUCCUCACUUGCAUGCUUCCUGUAAAAUAUAAAGGGAGAUAACAAGGAUGGCACAGUCUCCAUCGGGAGGAAAGAUUUGGGAUCCUGGCAUCUAAAUAUAUCAUCAGUAAUUAUCUCACAAAUGUACAGCAGGGCCGAGUCUUUUUUUCCUUUGUCCUUUUGACACCAUUUUACAUCCAUUAGACUUCAAAGCCCACACUGUGCUCCAUCACACUAUCGCUGCCAGUGUCCAUUUCUUAACAAUCUGUUGGUCGUGACUCAGUCAACGGAAAAAAUGAUCUUCUUGUCACCGACUGAAAUAGGGGAGGGGCCAGACGGCAUGAGACGAACUCUCAGAUCGUAAUCAUAGUGAUUCUGUGGAGGAGAGUUAAUGAAUGAAUGACCACAUUCGUGCACUUCUUGCCUCCAGACUCGUCGAUGGCAUUGCAAAGUCAAGUUAUUUUUAUUUGGAUAUGACUGAAACAAAAUGGGAAUCUGGGUUAAAGCAAAAUGUACUUUUGUCACAAGCCAUAAAUUAGAAUCUUGGCAACAAUGUUCUUGAUAUUUAAAGGAAAAUGACAACACAGUGGCCUCAGUAUCGCCUCUAUACAUCUACUUUUACUUCUGUUUCCCCAGACAUGGAGACCAUCAGAUUUGUACUCUUAUGUUUAAUGAUGUAGCUGUGGCCAUUGUGUGUCUGAGGUAUGCAUGGACCCGAGCAGUGAACAGCUUUUGACGAGGUGUUCUCAUCGCAGCAGCCUUUGUCCACCUUUCUUAAAAAGCUGCUCGUGUCACUUCCUCUCUGGAAAGGCCCGGGCAGCUCAGCUCAGUUCUGCUCUGAAUAGACGUUGCUUUUCUCAUUCACUUCCUGGAACCUAAAAUUGGAGACCUGCUUCCCUGCAUCCAAAUGACCAGAGCAUUGUGGUCAGCACUUUGAAAGCUGUUUAGCUGCACGUCCCUCAUGGACCAAUUUAACUUAUCACCAGCCUCGGAAAUGCAGUUCUGUCGUCUAGAAUCUAAUAAACGGGCCUCCAUAAAAAUGAUCACACUUGUCUUUGUUUUAGAAACAUAAAUAAACCAAAAGCAGCAAUGAUUCCGUUUUGGGGAAGCGAGUAAUAAAAGAGAUAUUUGAUAAGAUGUACAGGUCAGAGGUUAUCACAAUACGGGCCAGUCAAACUCGGGUUAAUUAAAGAUGAAUGUCAAUGUGUUGCCUCUUUUUGACUUAUUUUUGUAGAAGUUUUAGAGGCAGCAGUAAUUUAACUUGACAUAUAAAGAAAUGAAAUGCAUGCUCACUCAGUUCAAUACUUAAAUUUGUCUCUAUACGGUCUGACGUGGUCAGUGCUUCCAUCUCUGAAACUCUGCUGACAGAUCUGAGCAUCGUUGUAGAACAGUCGUGUCGUGGCUCACACACUCUCCAGUCGUGAAUUACACUGUCACACAAACACAACCUAGAGGUGGUGCAGAAGUCUAAAGUGUCUUUCUCAGAUUGCAUGAGUGACAUCAUGUUAGGAGGUUUUUAGGGAGCAGGUGUUUUCAUGUUUACAUUUACAAUCACAAAAAGAUGUUUGAAAAUGUGCCAUGUUUAUUAAAAACCCUCUGGUCAACAGAAAGGUCAAAGUCACCACAGGUGAUAUUUUAUAUUUAGUGACAUUAUUCUAACCUGAGGAACCUGCACUGCACCACAGUGCAUGUUUACAGCCCCCCUGGGAGAGCUUCAAGUGAAGUGAAGUAGGUUUGAAAGAAUCACCUGCUCUUUUAAGUCAAACCGCAGCAGUAUUUGCGUUUCUUAGCUUUGUUAAUGCACAAAUAAACCAUGUUACAGGACGGGGUUAGUCAGUCUCGUAUGUUUUCCAAUGCUUAUAGGCCAUGCCAUUUCUUUAUUUUUUAACUUAUCUUGAUAAAUUAUUCACAAUUUGAACCAAUACAGAUGUGUUUUAGUGCAUUAACUCAACUUUAUUUACUUUGGUUUUUGCAAUUUACCUUUUCCUGAUAAGUCGGUGCUGUUUUUAAACGAGUAGCCUAUUGUAAAGUACUGGAAAGACACAUGUACUGUAAUGUAUAAUAAAGAAUGGAACAAAGUCAUUUUAUAA